UCUGUCUCUGUGGUUUAAGAAAGGGAGCUGGUGUUCUGCAUUUGAAAGGAUUUUAAUGAAUGCUGUCAGUGUUUGGGAAGCUAAUGGUCAGCAUUGAAGAGGAGAGUAAGAGAAAAUGCCUUGGCUUUUCCGAGAUGGGCUCCGGAGAGUUUUCUUUGCCUGACUGGGACUGCCCUACCUCGUCGCUCUCUCUUGCUCUCCCUCUCUGCCCUUUUUUCAUUAUCCUUUGUUCUUUGUAGCCUGAUAGAGUGUUAUGAAAGUGAAUUCAAAUUCAUAUGUGAAUGAAAUUUGUUUUCCUCCAGAUCUGCUUGCGGUAGACAGCAGAGCAUGUGCUUUUCUUGUCUUGGUUGGAUGCACAAAUCUUUUAUGUGCACUGCUUCUUGUCCUGUUGCCUAGACGAUCACUUGCUUUUUUCUGAGGAUGUCUGGUUCUCGUAAAGAGUUUGAUGUGAAGCAGAUUUUAAAAAUCAGAUGGAGAUGGUUUGGCCAUCAGGCAUCAUCUCCUAAUUCUACCAGUGACAGCCAACAGGGAGAUUUCUGGAAUCGAGGACAAAACGGAACAAACGGUGACAGAAAGUUUUUAGAUCCAUGUAGCCUACAGUUACCAUUGGCUUCAAUUGGGUACCGAAGGUCCGGCCAACUAGAUUUUCAGAAUUCACCUUCUUGGCCAAUGGCAUCUACCUCUGAAGUCCCUGCAUUUGAGUUUACAACGGAAGAUUGUGAAGGUGCACAUUGGCUUGAUAGACCAGAAGUAGAUGAUGGAACUAGUGAAGAAGAAAACGAAUCUGACACCAGUUCAUGCAGGACCUCUAACAGCAGUCAGACAUUGUCAUCUUGCCAUAACAUGGAACCGUGUUCAUCGGAUGAAUUUUUCCAGGCCCUUAACCAUGCUGAACAAACAUUUAAAAAGAUGGAAAAUUAUUUGAGACACAAACAGUUAUGUGAUGUGGUUUUAGUUGCUGGUGAUCGAAGGAUUCCAGCUCACAGAUUGGUACUCUCUGCUGUGUCUGAUUAUUUUGCUGCCAUGUUUACUAAUGAUGUAAGGGAAGCAAGACAAGAAGAAAUCAAAAUGGAAGGUGUAGAGCCAAAUUCACUUUGGGCUUUGGUUCAGUAUGCAUAUACAGGUCAUCUCGAAUUAAAGGAAGAUAAUAUUGAGUGCCUGUUAUCUACAGCUUGCCUUCUUCAGCUGUCUCAGGUUGUAGAAGCAUGUUGCAAGUUCUUAAUGAAACAACUCCAUCCCUCCAACUGCCUUGGAAUUCGUUCUUUUGCCGAUGCACAAGGUUGUACAGAUUUGCACAAAGUGGCUCACAAUUAUACCAUGGAGCAUUUCAUGGAAGUAAUAAGAAACCAAGAAUUUGUAUUAUUACCAGCUAAUGAAAUUGCAAAGCUCUUAGCGAGUGAUGAUAUGAAUAUACCUAAUGAAGAGACCAUACUAAACGCACUACUUACAUGGGUCCGUCAUGACUUAGAGCAGAGACGAAAAGAUCUCAGUAAACUUUUGGCUUAUAUUAGGCUACCUCUUCUUGCUCCACAGUUCCUUGCUGACAUGGAAAACAAUGUGCUCUUUCGUGAUGACAUUGAAUGUCAGAAACUCAUUAUGGAAGCGAUGAAAUACCAUUUGUUGCCAGAAAGACGGCCCAUGUUACAAAGUCCUCGCACGAAACCUAGAAAGUCGACUGUUGGCACAUUAUUUGCAGUUGGAGGAAUGGAUUCAACAAAAGGAGCAACAAGCAUCGAAAAAUAUGAUCUCCGUACAAACAUGUGGACUCCAGUGGCCAAUAUGAACGGGCGGAGACUCCAGUUUGGCGUCGCAGUCCUGGACGACAAGCUCUACGUUGUUGGUGGUAGAGAUGGACUGAAGACUUUGAAUACUGUAGAGUGUUACAAUCCCAAAACAAAAACCUGGAGUGUGAUGCCGCCCAUGUCCACCCACCGGCAUGGCCUCGGUGUGGCUGUAUUAGAAGGUCCUAUGUACGCUGUGGGGGGGCAUGACGGCUGGAGCUACCUGAACACCGUGGAGAGGUGGGACCCCCAAGCUCGCCAGUGGAAUUUCGUCGCCAGCAUGUCCAUGCCCAGGAGCACAGUUGGUGUCGCAGUGUUAAGUGGAAAACUGUACGCCGUCGGGGGCCGCGAUGGAAGUUCGUGUCUCAAGUCCGUAGAGUGCUUUGACCCCCACACGAACAAGUGGACCCUCUGUGCCCAGAUGUCCAAGAGGAGGGGCGGCGUCGGAGUGACCACCUGGAACGGACUGCUUUAUGCCAUUGGGGGACACGACGCCCCCGCCUCCAACCUGACCUCCAGGCUCUCAGACUGUGUGGAAAGAUAUGAUCCUAAAACUGAUAUGUGGACCUCAGUUGCAUCUAUGAGCAUUAGUAGAGAUGCAGUUGGAGUAUGUUUACUUGGUGAUAAAUUGUAUGCAGUUGGAGGAUAUGAUGGACAAACUUACCUUAACACAGUGGAGGCCUAUGAUCCCCAAACAAAUGAAUGGAUGCAGGUUGCACCGUUGUGCCUAGGAAGAGCUGGGGCAUGUGUUGUGACUGUAAAACUCUAAUUAAUCUUAUCCGUGAAGAUAUCCUCCUAAGACAAAUGGAUUACAUUUAAGGAAAUUGAAAAUGCAGCCUGAAUUCUGUCAGGUAGAAGGCAUCUAUCUGACAUGAAGUUGAAAAUGAAGAGAGGGAGAAAUAAAUAUUUAAGCACCUUUAAAAAAUAAUAUUCCCUCAUUCUCUUGAGAAACAUAAUACAGGUAAACAGAUUUGAAACAUAAUUGUCAGCUUAACUUCCACACAGAAACAAAUGCAAUCGAGAAUUUCAUUUAUUCCUAGCUGGACAUACUUUACAAAAAUUUUUUUCAUAAUGCAAACGUACCAAGCGGAAGAGCUCUGAAUGCCUCUGCCUUGUAACCGAAUAUAUGCAUAUGCAUCCCACUGACUGGAUGGAUGGCACUUUUUCACCAUACCUGAGGUUUAGAAACUUUUUUUAUUUAGCCAAAGCCUCAGUAGCAGCUCGUGCUAAACAAUGUUCUAACUAAUAUUUUUGAAAAGAACUUUCUUAUAUAUGCACUAGAUGGGAACUUUAUUUAAAAAAAAGUUCAUUUAUUCCACUUAGCCAAUAAAAAUGUCUAAAAACCCAAUAAAAAUAUAUAAUAUGGACUUUUGGAGGAAUAGUUAAAGAUUCCCUUAAAUCCAGUUAACCAAGAGUUACAUAUUAUGUUUGCAGAAUGCACUUGAAUCAUGAUUUUGUAGACAUUUAAGAAAUACAAUCUUUUUGGGGGAAAAAUGUGUAUUUCCUAUAUUACUCCUCCAUACAUGACAGAUAACCAGUCAUAAGGCAAUCGUCUCAAAUAUCAGGUGGAGUAGUUUUUCCCCUUCUUACUACAGGUAGUAACUGCUUUUUGAUUUAUAUUUUGAUAUUAUUAAGUAAAUUACUUUGUUGUUUCAUGUAUUUUUUUUAUAUUUGUAUUUGCUUCUUGUGCCUUGUUACGUUCUGCCACUAUGUAUAUACAUAUAUAUAUAUACAUAUAUAUUAAACUCAUUUAUUGUACUUCAUUGUAAAAGACAAUUUGAAAGAACAUUCCAUAUCUGAUUGGAAGAUUUUUUUAAGGUGCCUGAUGCCUAAAGUAUUUGUAUAUCUGUAAACUAAAGUACAUAUGUGAAUUAUUAAUGCUUUCAGUGAAUUAUUUAUUUAUUGUUGUUUACCCAAAAAAAAGAGAAAAUUUUGUGAUGUUUGUGAUAAAAAGCUUCAUCUCUUAAUGUAAUGAUCAAUAAUAAUAUUGAGUUAACUAAAAAAAACUUUUUAAAUAAAAUUUUACGGUUAACAGCA